AUGGGCCCAACUACCCAUCAACGUCGUCGGUCUAGCACUGCAAUGCCUGUCACUACAAAUCUCCUACCAGGCUUUGCUUUUGCUUUCGAUAUUGAUGGUGUCCUACUUCGAUCAUCCUCACCAAUCUCUGGAGCAUCCGAAGCUUUAAAUCUACUUCACUCAAACAAUAUCCCCUUCAUCCUAUUAACCAAUGGAGGGGGCAAACAUGAGAGUGCUCGUGUGGCAGAAUUGAGCAAAAAACUCAAUGUUCCUCUUACUGAAGAAAACUUCGUUCAAUCCCAUACACCAUUCAAACAACUUGUUGAAGAAUCUGAUACUGUGGAGAGUCUUAAGGACAAGACAGUUCUUGUUACUGGUGGAGAUGGAGACAAAUGUCGCAAGGUUGCAGAAAUGUAUGGAUUUACCAAAGUUGUGACUCCAGGUGACAUUCUCAUGGCUUAUCCAAGUAUUUGGCCCUUCAAUCAAAUCUUUAGCGAGUAUUACAACAAGGCUACCCGACCUCUUCCAGGACCCGUUGAUCUCGACAAUCCCUCCCAAUCCCUCAAGUUUGAUGCCGUUAUGAUCUUUAAUGAUCCACGUGAUUGGGCCUUGGAUACGCAAAUCGUACUUGAUCUUCUCCUGUCUGAAAAGGGCAUUCUGGGAACCUAUUCCUCAAAGAACGGCGACAGCUCACUCCCCAACAAUGGCUGGCAACAGGAUGGGCAACCAAAACUCUACUUCUCAAACCCGGAUCUCUUUUGGGCAACUAAUCACCACAUGCCUCGUCUCGGCCAAGGAGGUUUCCAGGCAUCUCUCGAAGGAGUUUGGAAUGCUACUACUGGUAGUGCAAAGCUCGAACGUACCGUCAUUGGCAAACCACAUCCAGCAACAUACAAGUAUGCGGAGCGUGUACUACACAAAUAUCGUACACAUAUGCUAGGCGGUCGUGGUGAGAUCAAGCGAAAGAUCCCACAUCUGAAGCGUGUCUUCAUGGUUGGCGAUAAUCCAGAGUCGGAUAUUCGCGGUGCUAACGAAUUCGAAUCAUCCCACGGCACAGACUGGACUUCCAUUCUGGUCAAGACCGGUGUAUAUAGAAGUGGCACGGUACCUGCUCAUAAGCCAGAGGUAAUCGUCGGAGAUGUUUACGAGGCUGUUAAGUGGGCUUUAGAACAGGAAGGUUGGCAUGCAGCUCUUGAUUGA